AACAAAACUGAAAGAGAGGAAAAGGAAACGAUGCAAUCUGCAACCUUCUCGUUUCAUCUUCUACUUCUUACUCCUCUCUCGUGUUCGUUUUGGAAACACAGAAAAGACUCGAAAAAAGAAAGUACGGUCCUCGAAUCGACGUUUCCUGGUGGAGAUGGAGGAGGAGCAAAACAAUCGAGGGAAGGUCGCCGCAUACGGGCACUAGCGAUGUCGCCGGCGCUGGCGCCA